AGGUGCGGCAAUCGAAUUCCUUCUCCAGUCCUCGAGACACCUCUGAGAGAUGACGCUGAGACAAACGGCGAGAUAUGCGAGUCGAUUCUGCGACACAGAGAAAUACAUUGGUUUUUCACCUGCUCUUUGCUUUGAACAGGCUCUUUGGAUUGACUCCCAAUACAAAUUUGCAUGAGUUUCUACCUUGGUUCUACAUUUGUUGGUGAGGGUUGGAGAGGAGAGAGAAGGAAGACGCUCUCUGCGAGCCAGAGAGAGCGUCGUAAGAGCACGAGACGGACGGAAAGAACAUUUUGUUUGUGUGUCAUUAUGUUUGUUUGCUCAGAAGGGGAAAUAAACAGGAGUGUGCUCCAUUCCCGCUGGAGAACUGUGUCCCCGCUGGGCUCCACUGUAACGGGUGCAGACGAGUCAGAACAAAAUGUUCUUUCCGUCCGUCUACCAAGGCGUCUCCAGCCCCACCCACCCUAGAAGGAACGGCCAAGGAGGAUCAGGAAUUACACCAUUGGCGGUAGCCCGGUAGCCAUCGCUGUCCCUGAUGUCGGAGCAAGCAUUCCUCCUCUCCGUCUGAAUCCUGAUUGGGUGUCCCAGCAUCUAGGAUGAAUUUUAGCAACAAGUCUGCCGCAUCGAACGAGACCAGCCGGAACCCAUGUCAAUACGAAGAGGAGGAUUUCAAGCACCUGCCGCUGACCAUCAUCUACUCUUUAUUCUUCUUAUUCGGCCUCUCCCUGAACGCCAUGGUGCUAGUCCUCAUCACGUUCCGCACAAAGCACUGGACCCCGUUCAUCAUCUACAUGCUCAACCUCACCAUGUGCGACUUCCUCUUCGUCUUCAUGCUUCCCUUCCUCAUCUACUACUACGCGGGUGCCAACGACUGGCCCUUUGGCGAGCCCGUCUGCAAAAUCGUACGCUUUUUCUUCUACACCAACCUCUAUGGCUCCAUUCUUUUCCUGUCCGUCAUCAGUCUGCAUCGCUUCAUUGGCAUCUGCUACCCGGUCCGUUCCCUCAGCUGGCUCAGCAUUCGACGCGCCAAGCUGGUGUCCGUUGGCGUGUGGGCCUGUGUGCUCUCCGGUCAGGCCCCCGUUCUCUACUACUCCAGCACCAGGAAGUACCGCGAAGGCUUUUUUUGCGUCGGCACCACGGGCCCUGAGGUCUACUAUGAACUCCUGGUCUACAGUUCUGUGAUCUCAGUGGUGAUGUUCGCCGUGCCCUUCAUGGUGGUCAUGGUGUGCUAUGGCCUGAUGGUGUGCAAGUUGCUGGGGCCCAGCUGGGGAUCGGGGGAGCGCCAGCAAGGGCUCCGGGCGGCCCACCGCACCAAGCAGAAAUCGGUGAGGAUGAUCAUCAUCGUGCUGAUGACGUUCAUGUUCUGCUUCCUGCCCUUCCACCUAACCAGGAGCCUGUUCUACUCCUUCCGAUACCUCAGGGAUAAGCACCCAGAGCAGAUAACCUGUGAACUGCUGGAGGGGUCCAGCAUAGCCUACGUGUUGACCAGGGUGAUGGCCAGCGCCAACAGCCUAUUCAACCCCAUCCUCUACUUCAUUGCCUUCCGAGACUUCCGAAAAACCACGAAGAAGCAUAAAAAACCUGGCAACGGCCUUCCAGGAUGUGCAAAUACAGCGUUGAUGACAUCACUAUGACAUUUUACUUUACCAGAUUCCAGCAAAUCUAAAAAGCCUUGUUCUCUAUGAAAAAGCUCUAUGCUAGAGCCGUGUUGAAACAGCGUUAUGGUAGCAAAUCACUGACAUUUUUUCAUUUUAAAAGCCAUUGAAGUUUGUAUAAGGGAAUAUUAACACCCUUGAAUAUGUUCCAUUGCAUAAAAAAAAAAUUCAAACUUA